AGGCAUUUAUUAAUAUGCACGCAGUCUUUUAUGUUUCUUUUAUUAUGGAUUAACUCUCCAUAGUUUUUCUCUUAUCAAAAGAGCCCCUUUUAUUUCAUUUUCCGUCUUCGUUUCUUCCUCUUCUUCUUCCCACCGUCAACUAUUGCGUAUUCUGUCAUAAAGUUUUCGUCUUUACCGGUAAAGGUACAAGCUUUGACAGCAGAGGAAGUAAUGAUGGGUUCGAGAGGAGUUAUCAGUGAUAAGUGGUCGAUGAGGAUUCUAUGGGGCUGUGCACUUGGAAGUGCUAUCGGUUUAUACAUGGUUGCUGUUGAGAGACAAACCCAGAACAGGGCACGUGCUUUGGCUGAAGGUAUGAGAGCUGCUGAGUCAGAAGGUGGUGGUGGUGGUGAUGGUAGUGUCUGAAUCUACCCAAGUUCCAUCAGUUGAGUUUUUUUUUGUUUUUUUUUAGAUGUAUGGUAACAUCUUGUUUGUUCCAUGUGCUGGUUGCAGUUUCUUGUUGGCAAAUCUAAUCUCAAUAAGGUUUGAUACUUGAAGUUGCUAAACAUACAAGUUUGUGUUAUCAAAAAAGCCUCUUGCUUUCUCUCUUUCA